AUGUCUAUGUGUUUGCCUUUCUCUCUCUCGGUUAAUGACUCUCUCUAUCGAUCUCUCUGGAAAAUUCGGUCUAUAACUCUCUCUAUCGGUGUUUACUUCUCUGUCUCUCUCUUUGAUACUAUCUGUUCAUUUCUCUCUCUCUCUCUUUUAAUUGAAUCUUUCUAUCAAAUCUUUAAAUCUCUGUAUAUCUCUUUGAUAUAUAUAUUCAUUUUUCUCUCUCUCUCUUUUGGGCAAUCGGUCUAUAACUCUCUCUAUCAGUGUUUACUUCUCAGAAUUCUCUUUGAUUCUUUUAAACUAUUCAUUUAUCUCUCUCUCUUUCUCUGCAUCAUCAUCUUCUCUCUCUCUCUCUCUCUAUUCUCUCUUUAUCUUAAAGAUUUUUUUUUCUUGUUUUUAAAAUCUAUAACAUUAUUCAAUCUCUCUCUCUCUCUCUCUCAGUUCAUAAACUCUCUAAUAAUCAGUGUUUUUAUUCUGUCUCUCUCUUUGAUACUAUUUAUUUUUUUCUCUCUCUCUCUCUCUCUCUCUCUCUCUCUCUCUCUAUCUAUCAAUAUUUCUUUAUCUAUCCAUUCAAUGUUUUUUCUUUUUCUCUCUCUUUCUUCAUUUGUCCUCUCUUUCUCUCAAAAUAAUCUACUCUUCUUUUUCUUUCUCUGUAUAUAUGGCUGUCUCUCUAUAUUUCUUUCAUCUUUUUCCAAUUUGUAUAUUUUUAUAAUCUUUCUAUCUCUGAACAAAAUCAUAUCUAUCUAUCUAUCUCUAUCUAUCUAUUUAUCUAUUCAUCUAUCUAUCUAUCUAUCUAUCAUGUUCUAUGUUCUAUUAUCUAUCUUUCUGUUCGUUUAUAUAUCCAUUUUCUCUAUCUAUUUUUUCUUUCUCUCUCUUUUUAUUUAUUUAGAUUCUCUCUUUAUUUUUGCCAUUUUCUAUCAGUUUAUCUAUCUAUUAUCAUUUACUUUAUAUUUAUCUGUCUAUCUAUCUAUCCUUAUCUCUCUCUUUCUAUCUCUCUCUCUAUUUACCCAUCAGGUGACAUAA